AUGGCGCUUGUAGCAGGCGAAGCAUGUCUCUCUGCUUUCCUUGAUAUGUUGAUUAAGGAGCUGGCCUCUGAUACGGUCAGGACCUUCUAUGAAGGCAAAGUCAAAGAACCUAUUGCUCAGCGUCUAACAGACUUGGAAACUGCAUUGAAGCCAGCUAAUAAUCCAGGGCUCAAUGUUGCUGAGAAGGAGCAAAUCCGAGAUGAGAGGAUGAAGAAGUGGCUUGAUGAGUUCAAAGAAGCGGUCUAUGAUGCUGAUGAUCUGGUUUACAAGAUCAAUACCGUAGCAUUGCAAAAGGAUGAAGGCAAAUCUCCAAGCAGUAUCAAAAGUAAGGUGAUGAAGAAACUCGCUCCAACUCCAUUUACUGCAUUUGACAGCGCAAUAGUAGCUGAGAUAGAUGAGAUCAUUGGAAGUUUGGAAAAACCUUUGCCAGGGCCAGUGAGAGUAACAUCUGAUGACAAUAGACGCACACGAAAUUACCUUGGUUUGGAAAAAGUUGGAACCAAUUUGCCAGAGAGAUCACUAGCUCACGUAGAAGAAUCUGAUAUUUAUGGAAUGGUUGAUAUUAAAGAUGCCAUUUGUAAGUUGCUACUGUCUGACGUUGACAAAUUAUCUGUGAUCGCCAUAGAGGGAAAAAGUGGUAUAGGAAAGACUACUCUUGCUUAUGUUGUGUAUAAUGAUAAGAGAGUCAAUACAAGGUUUCUAACCAAAGCCUGGGUUAUUAUGGACAAAAAUAAAAUUGAUGCUGCGACAGUGAUGAAGGCAAUCAUUGAGAAGGUCACUUCUGAAAAAUGUCAAUAUGAAAAGCGAUAUGAGCUUCAAAAUAAGCUAAAGAAGGUUUUGAGUAUGAAGAAGUUUCUUUUAGUUAUUGAUGGCUUUCCGAAGGGUAAUGAUGACGCGUGGAGAAUCUUAAAAAGUUGUUUUGAAUCGGGACGGCAUGGAAGCAAGAUUAUUGUGACAACUUGUGAAAAAGAUGUUAUAUUCCUUACAAUGAAAACUUCUACAACAAAAGUUUAUUCCCUAAAAGGUAUAUCCUCUGAUGAUGGCUGGAGUUUAUUUGAAAAAUAUUCCUCCGUUAAAGUUGAUGCAGCCCCAAAUCUCCAAGAUAUUGGCAGAGAGAUUGUUAGUAAGUGUGGGGAUCAUCCUUUGGCGAUAAAGUUACUUGCUCACCUAUUAUGUGGUAACCAAAAUGAGAAUGAAUGGGGUAGCAUACGAAAUAGUACUAUAUGGGAGAUGUCUGAAAGUAGCCGUAUUGGUAUUCAUCCAGCUUUGUGGCUAAGCUAUUAUUAUUUGCCUUCACACUUGAAGCUAUGUUUUGCUUACUUUGCUUUGUUUCCAAAAGGUUUUAAGUUUGAAAAGCAAAAGAUCAUCUUAUUAUGGAUGGCAGAAGGUCUUUUACCAUCGACGGAAGAAAAGCGAAUGGAAGAUUUUGGAGACGACUACUUCGAAUAUUUAAUGGCAAGGUCUUUUCUUCAACCAACAAGUGAGGAUCGAUCGGCUUUUGUCAUGCAUGAUUUACUGCAUGAAUUAUCUAGUUUUGUAUGUGGUGAGUUCUGUUUCAGCAUGGAUGAUCCCAACUUAUUUGAUUGUCCAAGAAAGAUUCGUCAUUUGUCAUAUAGUAAAGGAUGUCAUGACGAUUGGACUUCUGCAGGUUUUUCCAAUAUCAAGGGUUUGCGCACUCUUUUAGCAUUUCCAAUAUCAAAUUAUUAUGUAACACCGUCCUAUAAUAAGAGGUUUUUGAUGCCAGUGGAGUACUUGAUUAGAAUAUUGUCAAGUUCGGGAACGUGCUUAAGAGUGUUGUCUCUUUCUGAACAUUACAUAACCAAGUUGCCUGAUUCGAUCGGGGAUUUGAAGUAUUUAAAGUACUUGGACUUGUCUUUCACUGAAAUUGAAGUGUUGCCAGAUACAGUUUUCAACUUGUAUAAUUUGCAGACCCUGUUGUUGGAAGGUUGUACUAGACUUACUGCAUUGCCGAUGAGGAUAGGUUGUUUAAACAAAUUGCGACAUCUUCACACUCCUCCUUACUUACAAGAGAUGCCACUGCAACUUGGUGAGAUCACAACUCUACAGACGUUAAGUGAAUUUGUUGUUGGAAAAAAUGACGAAUCUGGUGUGAAGCUGCUAAGAAUUCUUCAAGGUCUACAUGGGACUCUUCACAUUUCAGGACUAGAAAAUGGUCAAGUCAAGGAUGUUAAGAAGGGUGAGUUAUUAGAAGACAAGAAAUUUGUUGGUGAGCUGAUAUUGAAGUGGGGUUUUGGUCACGCGGCUAAUGAUGAGGUCUCACAAAAAAAAGAAAAAGAAGUACUUGACGCCCUCAUACCUCAUGCAGAGCUGAGACAACUCUCUAUCUUUCACUACAAAGGUACCAGUUUUCCAGGUUGGGUUGGAGAUAAAGUGUUUACUACUCUACGAAAGGUGGACCUAAAUGGUUGUAAAAAAUGUAGCUCAUUGCCACCGUUGGGGCAGCUACCCUCCCUCGAACACCUUGUGAUUCAGGGUUUCCAUAGCUUGAAGACAAUAAAUCCAGAGUUUUAUUCAGGGGAAGAGCCAUUUAAAUGUUUGAAGACCUUGAUUAUGACGGACAUGGCGAAACUCAAAGAGGGUUUGUUUACUAAAGGCAUGGUAGAGGGAGAAGUUUUUCCUCAACUUGAGGAGAUUGAGUUGAGAGACUGCCCGAAACUCAAAGUGUCAAUACCGGACAAUCUUCGCAGAUUGAAAAAGCUUGUAAUCUACAAAUGCAACCAAGUGCUGCCUUUAAUGGACGCUGUACCUGCAUUUCCUUUUCUUGUGGCUAUGAUCAUGUUUGAUUGUGAGGGGCAAGUAUCAUUUCUGGGAGGAUUGCCUUCUAGUUCAAAGGAAAUUUUCAUUUCGGGUUAUGGAUGCUUUAAGGUGUUAGAUGAAGUGGCCUUUCGAUCACUCACCUCCCUUGAGAGGGGGGAGAUUUCGUUCUACACUAGCCUCGAGUGCUUGCCAAAAAUACUACCCAGUUCAUCACUAUCUUUUCUAUGCAUCAACAACUGUCCUUUACUGACACCACGACUCCAUGUGGAAACUGGGCCUGAUUGGCUCGAAAUUGCUCACAUCCGAACAGUAGAUACACAGAUGAGUUCAUUACAACUUUCCGAUGCAUCAUCCACACCAGAUGGUACCACUCUCGAAUCUGAUUCUUGUUUCUUUCUAUAA